AGAAUUUAGGGUUCUUGGGCGCGAGCGAGUGAUUGCCAAUUUCGCCCAAUUGGAUUGGCCAAGUACCAGCAGACAUAAUUGAUCUACAAAUUUCAGGGAGUCAGGCACCGUUUGUGGACCUUGCAACUUACUCUGUUGUCCGCUAGCUACCACACACACAUUGGCACACACAUUGGGCCACUCCUCACACAAACGCCCACACACUUUUAAACUCUCCCUCUCUCACACCCACACAUGAUCUCUGCUUGCUCGCUCCCCAUAUAAAAGCCCAGCGCCUGGGGACCAAAUCACCAUCGUCCUCUCAAAUCAAUCCUCUUCCCUCAUUCAUCUCCCCCUCCUCGGCCUUCUUUUCUCUUCUUUAUCCUUGUCAAUCAGGCUACGGUAUACUCUUCCUUUGAUUAUAAUUCCUCUAGAUCUCUGGCCAGCGAUCUUGAUUGAGCGAUCCGGCCGGGACAGAGAGCGAGAAAGAUACAGAGGGCUUCCUCGCAUCUAUUUAGCCGUCAACCAUCAUCUGCUUCCACCGCUCCAUCAAAAGAAAUCUUGUUCCAAGAAUGGAGACGAUGGGACUGCUGGUGCUUUUCCUCGCCACUGGCGUCAGCUCCGCGCUGGCGCAGUGGGAGAGCGGCCACGCCACAUUCUACGGAGGCAGCGACGCCGCUGGAACAAUGGGUGGAGCUUGCGGCUAUGGCAAUCUCUACAGCCAGGGCUACGGCACCAACAAUGCGGCACUGAGCUCGGCGCUCUACAACAACGGGCUGAGCUGCGGCGCGUGCUUCGAGGUGAAAUGUGACGCGGCGGCGGACCCGCAGUGGUGCAUCCCAGGCCGAUCCGUGACCGUCACCGCCACCAACUUCUGCCCGCCCGGCUCCUGGUGCAACGAGCCCCUCAAGCACUUCGACAUGUCCCAGCCCGCCUGGGAGGAGAUUGGAAUCUACCGCGGUGGAAUCAUCCCCGUCUACUUCCGCAGGGUGAGCUGCGUGAGGAAAGGAGGGAUCCAUUUCACGGUAAACGGCCACGCCUACUUCAACCUCAUCCUCAUCACGAAUGUGGGCGGUGCCGGGGACGUGCAUGCCGUGUCCGUCAAGGGCUCCGGGACGGGAUGGAUCCCCAUGAGCCGCAACUGGGGCCAGAACUGGCAGACCAACGCGCAGCUCGGCGGCCAGAGCCUCUCCUUCAUGGUGACGGACAGUAGCGGCAAGACGGUCAUCUCCAACAAUGCCGCGCCUUCCAACUGGCAAUACGGGCAGACCUUCGAGGGAGAACAGUUCUGAGGAUGAUCGACUCUACCGAAAAAGAGGAGGCGAAUUGCGCUAGGGAAUGGAAUGAGCUGCUAGAUGUUCAUCGCCCACGUCGCCGUCUCGUCUCCCUCGUCGAUCACGGUGGUGUUCUUCCGGUAUUUUUUCUUUUCAUGGUUAAUUUUUUUCGUUUUUAUUUUUCCUUCUUCUUGCUAAGAAGAGAGAUAGAGAUCUGAGAGCUAAGGUGGUAAACUUGAGGGGAUGAGAUGAGCAGGCGCUAUGUAGAGCCACCCUCCCCGUUCAUUGGUACAAGAACAUGAGAAUAAAGAGUUCCCGAAGCUGGCGAUCUAUAAGCCGGCUUCUAUGAGAAACUUAAAGCUGUAAUCUAUGAAAAUGGUUCGAAAAACUGUGCUUUCGUGCUUGGAA